UUUCAACUUUCACCAAAAGUUUCCCUCUUUCUUAAUCCAGCCAAAAUUCAAACCCUAAUUAUUCCCCCUUCAACACUAUCAAAACCCCCAAUCUGAAAAUUCAAAAUUCUCUCAUCCGAUGGGUGAUUCUGCAGCACCACACACCGAAUCAAAUGCCUCCAUAUUUUCUUGCACCAAAACCCUAGAUCCAACUGGACCAGAGGAUUUCUCCUUGACUGAAUUGAAGAAAGAGUUGGAUAUGGAUUCGUUGAUGUCAACUGAAUUGAUUGAAGAUUGUGAUGAGUGUUCUUCGGCUGCUGAACCUAAUGCUCCAUCUGAGCCCUUAAAUUCUGUUAACAGUUCUUGUAGUCGAAGUCAGUUUGAGGCGCAGAAACCCGUGCCAUCGGUUGCGGUCGCUUCGAGUUGGAAUGAUGAUGGUUACGAGAAUCCGUCUACUGUGGGUGCAGGACUUGCCAACCUUGUCAACACUUGUUUUUUCAACGCGGUUUUGCAGUGCUUCACUCACUCCGUUCUACUUGUUCAGGGUCUCUAUUCACACGCGCAUCCGACGCCUUGUGACAGUAGCAACGAACGGUUCUGCUUGAUCUGUGCGUUGCGGGAACACAUUGAGCUUUCACUAUCAUCUUCUCGAAAAAUUGUUUCCCCUUGGAAGUUGGUUGACAAUUUGAGAUAUUUUUCAUCGUCAUUCCAAAGGUAUCAACAAGAAGACGCUCACGAAUUCUUGCAAUGCUUUCUCGAUAAACUCGAAAGUUCUUUAAGCAAUUCAAAAACAAAAGAAGAUAGUAGUUCUUCACAAUCUAACAAUUUAGUCAAACAAGUCUUUGGAGGUCGGGUUAUUAGCAAAUUAAGGUGCUGCAACUGCAAUCACGUAUCAGAUACAUACGAGCCUUUUGCCGACUUAAGUUUGGAAAUCAAAGACGUAAACACUCUUUCAACCGCUCUUGAAUCAUUUACGAAAGUUGAGCACAUUGAAGACGAAGAAAUGAAGUUUACAUGUGACGAGUGUAAACAAAAAGUCUCCGUUGAGAAACAGCUUUUGCUUGAUCAAAUCCCGCUUACUUGUGCAUUCCAUUUAAAAAGAUUCAAAAAUGAUGGAUCUCAUGUUGAGAAAAUAGACAAACACGUUGACUUUCCUCUAGAGUUGGACCUGCAGCCUUACACACGAGGCAGCCAGAGUAAUAACAUGGAUUUGAAAUAUGAACUAUACGCAGUUGUUGUACAUACGGCUUUUACAUCUAGCUGUGGUCAUUAUUAUUCUUACAUUCGUUCCGCACCAAAUACAUGGUACAAGUUUGAUGACUCAAAGGUUACUAGUGUCUCAGAAGAACUUGUGCUAUCAUCGGAAGCGUACAUUCUGUUUUAUGCAAAACAAGGCACAUUUUGGUUUUCUAAUUUUAUGGAAACAUAUAAGCCAACAUUUCUCUCAAACAUACCAACGACUUCACCGAAAUCAGUACUGGAGAAUGUAGAUGCACCAAAUGUUCAUUCUGACGGCAUCAAAGCGCCUGCAGAUCAUCAUCCUCGUCAUCCUCAAUCUGAUGAUGUGGCGGUUGCGCCACUCAAACCGAUCACUAAUGUAGUUAAAGUAACUUCUCCGUUGAUUCUCAAAGAAUAUGGCUCUAACCAUAGAGUUGAAGCUCAAAAGAAUACAUGUGUCACUCCUACAAAUAGUUUAAAACACAACGUUGAUAUUGAUGGAUUAUUUCCUCCGUUAACACCACCGAGAUCUCCUGGACUUGAUACAUCUGAUGAUGAAAAUUUAGAAGUGGUGUUUGCUGCAAAGCCGAAGCAAUCAAAACCUGUGGAGAAAGCGACAUGUAAGAGACCACGAAACAAUGAAGCUGAAGACUCUGCAAAACGCGAGGCGAUGAGAAUGUGCAAGAGAAUGCCUGGUGCAAGGGGGGAUUUGUUGAUGGCUGCUUUGUCAGCAAAGAGUGAAAAUUCACUGGUGAGGAAGAGCAAGAAGAUGGUAUCAUCUCCACGAAAGAACAUCAGCAAAUCGCAUGAGCGUUUUAAUUCGGUUAAACGUAAUUUGGGUCGUUUCAGCUUAACUUGAACUUUAGUUGUGGAUGUUUAAAUUAUAGGGUCUUUGGAACCUAUUUUUUGCUUUUGAGAAAGUGAUGUUAGAUUAUGAGAUUGUGUGUAUCAGUAUAUUAUCUAGAUGCUAAAUUUUACCAUAAUGUGGUGUUCAUUCCACCAUUAUGUUUUCUUUUUCAAA